AUGUCCGAUUCACCUCAUGUUGCCAUAACAAUAGCAAACUCGAUAUUUAUUAUCACCUGCACUGUGGGAAACUGUCUCGUAUGCGCCGUAGUGCUGAGAAAUCGAGACAUGAGGUACAGAAACCAAUUCAAAUUAGUCUAUAUUCAUAUAGCUAUUUUUGGCUGCGUUCAACGUUCGAUGGAUUACAGUAAAAGCCUGCAACCAAAAACGUAGUUUUUAAGAACCUGUUAGGCUAAAAUUUGCCAGUUAGGCCCCCUCUAUACAAGAACCUGUUUUCUCUAAAAUUUGAAACAGAGGUUCCACUAAAAGCUCAACGCAUUUUUUUCUUCAGAAAAUAAGAAAAACCUAACUAGCCAUUUAGGCAAACUUGAGAAUAUGCACAGUGGUGCUGCAGGUUCUUAGUUACGGAUUUAACUGUAGUAAAUCGCUGUGUAAAGUGCGUUCAAGAAACAUUUCAGGGGAGAGUUAGAUUUCUAAGCAAAGGUCGCUGUAUAAAGUGUUUUUUUUUUUUUGCUGUAGUGGGGGUUGUGCGCUUGCCUUUGAUUAAGCUCGAAAUAACUAUUUAUUCGCCACAUUUCGAUGAAAAACUAAAAUGGAACACGCUCCAACUAAAACUCUCCAUGUUCAGCACAUUUUUUUUGUACAUUUCUGUACCACGCUUUAUGGAGGACGUUAACAAAACUUGGAAAAAAUGCCAGUGAAUAUAAGGACGCUCUUGUAAACACAAAAAAGGGGGGGAAAUUGGUUAUUUUUGAGGCCCAAUUUAAAAGCCUUCUCUGUUUUCAAUGUUCUUAAGACUUGCAAGGUAUAUUUAUAGACGAUUGAUCUCGGGAUUGCAAAAUUUAUAAAAAAAUUUAUCCGGCGGUUUUUUGAAAAAUGCGAAAUUUGUAGGCAUGGACCAAAUUAUGUGAAAAACUGUAACGAAAGCAGCUAAAUGCAAGUUAAUAAAAUUCUUCUUACUCGAGAUCGCCCGGAGCAAUUACCCUCUUUUUGAAGCCGCGUUUCCAAAGCUUAUCAUUUUCUUAAAAAAUUAGCUAAUUGUGUGGAUAGCAUGCUAUUUCACCGUUCUUAUGAUACUUAAAACUUCGUUUCAAAAUAUCUCGAAAACGCUCUCAUAGAAUUUGUUCAAACUUUGCCAUAAUUGAGGCAAUUAUGGCAGGUACAAACUCCCUGAAGCGAUUUCUUAAAAAAACUCUUGGUACAGAGAAACACAAAGAUAAAUAAAAAAACGUAAUGGCGUUGUUACGUUGCCAUGGCGACUCCGAUUGCAAUAAAACCCAGAUCAUAACAAAUUUUCAUCUUUAUAUAAUACAGUAGUGGUAAUCUUUUUUCCAUAUCUUUACUCAUGGCGACGUAGUUAAUGCUCAAACUUGGGAGGUAUCCCCCCCAAAAAAUCCAGUCGAGCCACCUUAAGUGAGGUUUUCGCCGCCUUGGCUGUCGGAUAUUAGGGAGUUUACGCAAUGACGACGGCGUCGGCUACGAAAACGUCACUUAAAAAGUGAAUGUGCGCUGCCUCAAACUUAAUUGCGCUUAUUCCAUCUAUAGUUUAAUUCGUCAAAUGUUGGCAAAUUAUUUUGGAGUUGAAUUCUAAAAGACUGCGUCAAAGUUCAGGAAAAGAAAAAGAAAGUUGUUGUCUUUUGUUCCGGUCCUCGACAAAACGUGAAAUUAGGCAGCUUCACGUUGUAGUCUUGCAACGACAGCAGGAAAAUGUACAAAAAAGCGUGAUGAACUUGCAAAGUUGUUGUUAUGCUUGUCUAAACCUGUUGCUUUUUUGCCGUUCUCGUUGCUGUCGCCGUCGUUGUUGCGUAAACUCCCUAUUAGGGGGGUUUAUACGAGAGAAAAAUCCCGGCUUACUCUGGCCGCAGCUUACAUAAGACGCGAAAGAAACCAUUUACAUGUAUACGAGUACGGCUUACGUAAGAUGGAAACUGCUCUUGUAAAUGGUUCACGUCUUGGUUCACGGCAAGACGGUCCAUUGAUGACGUAGUUUGUUUUUGUGGCUCGGGUAAUUUUUAACAAUGGCUCGAGCGACGAAAAUGCGAAAGGAUUGGCUUCGGUCAGGAAAAUCGCCAAAUUUUACACUGUUCUUUUCGUUUCAACUUAAUUUUUUAAGUUUAGUUUAGCAAAACAACAACUCUGCACGUGCAUCACUGCACGAUUGACGACGUGAAAAUGCCUAAUUUCACGUUUUAUAGAGGACGUAAAUACAAGAAAACGACUUUCUUUUUCUUUUCUCGAACUGCGAUACGGUCUUUAGGAUUCAACUCCAGAAAAAAGUGCCAACAUUCGACGAAUUGAACAAGAUGGAUAUAAUCGCUACAAAGUUUUCAGCAGCACGACUUCACUUUUUAAGUGAUGUUCUUGUAACCGUCGCCGUCGUUGUUGCUUAUAAGCUUUCACGAGACUUUUCUGAUCUUUUCCGGAGCUAAGUCAAGCGCGAAAUUUCUCAAGGUCCAAAGUGCACUUCUCAGAACUGGAAGUCUGCUGUGAUUGGUCUUCGUUUUUUUUCCGCUCAAAUCAGCAGACGUUAGUGGGGCAGGAACGCGUGACGAACCCCUAAGAACGUCUGCGUGGAAGGCUACUGCAACGCGCGUCUCUCGGACAUGAAGAUCUGGGAUAUAAUAGCGCUGCGCACAGAUGACGUCACGAAAACGUGACCCCCACCGAGAUACCCCCAUAAGAUACCCCCAUCUCUGCUAGAGGUCGCAAAAACGCUUUAUGGAAGCGCACAGUUUGCGAUCAGUUCUGCUCGCCGUUUAAGCGUUUUUAGGAGCGUUCCAGUUUCGAAAUUUGAGGAACGUCCAGGGAAAUGUAAUGUAGAACAAAUCAAAACAUUGACCGCGAUUCGAGAUUCGAAUAUGCUCAAGCUCGGGGAAUUCGUCCACUACAAGACCAAACCUGUUUUAGAAUUGCUUGGCGUUUGCGAACAAACAUCAAAUGUUUCAGGGAGGUUUCGAUGAUAAUUUUUCUGGAUAUCCUGAAAACUGACUCAGUGCGUCACGCCGGUGAGGUGUUGAAAACAAUGAGAAUUCACAAAAAAUGCCCAAGGUCGACGAUUGAGUCUACCCAAGAGACUAUAAAGGGGACAGAGAGGGCAUCCCCCAUAUACACCCUAUUCCAUAGGUAAUUCGUCUCGAGUUAUUUUUAACACAACAGAUCUCAAGGGGGAUUAGACAACAGCCAAUCACAUAGCGCAAAUGUGUUCCGCGUGGAUGACCCACGCUGAGAGCCACGCGUCCUUCACGAAAUGACACAGAACAAAAUGGGGGAAGACGCGGAGAGCGAUUUUGCUAUUCCUUUUGUCGACGAAAACGACUACAGCGAGAUUUCUGCGAAAGCUGUGCCAGCGAAACCGAAAUUAAAAAAGAAUCGCCCUUCCUCUCUUGUAGAGAGCUAACAGUAGAGCAGGGAAAUCCUUAACACACUGAACAUUCUCUCAGGAUCAUUUAUAAUUUACAGUUUGAAGAGAGCAAUUUCUGGUUUGAUGUUUAUUUUUUUCAGUCUUUAUAGCGAUUAUUCCUACCCACUUACUUUGCCAAUUGUAGGCGAACCCUCCUAAAGCUGAAUUUCAAGGCACCAUAUUCAAGCUCAGAAAGAGAAAUAAAAUUUCGUCGUUGCUUAUUUACGUCCUCCAUAAAGCGCGAAAUUAGGCAUUUUCACGUCGUAGUCGUGCAAAAACGGGAAAGAAAUGAACAAAAAGUGUGUUGCACGUGCGAAGUUGUUGUUUUGCAAAUUAAACCUAUUGUUUUUUUGACGUUCUAGUUGUCGUCCGCGUCGUUGGAUCUUAAACUCCCUAAAUUUUACAAACGACCGGUUUCAAUAGACCGGCGAAAUUUCUCAUUUUAUUAAAGCGGUGAGGUUACGACAACUUCGGGUCCAGCGAUUCCUUUUUCCCAGGUGAGCGCCGACUCAUUUCGCUUCAAUAUUCAGGAAUGCUCUCGAUCUUUUUACGCUUUCAUUGCCUCUCGCCCGACAUGUUUUGCACGGCGUUUGGUCAUGCGAAACCUCCUCGAAACAUCCACGCCUCGCGCGAGGUAAAUUUAUCCCUAUUCUAAAAAUAACUCGAGACGAAUUACCUAUGGAAUAGGGUGUAUAUGGGGGAUGCCCUCUCUGGCCCCCUUAUAGUCUCUUGGUCUACCUCAAACCAUGGGCAAUGUUUGAAAUCGCUUGAGAUUUCUAAAGAAGCAUUUUAUGUUUUUAGAAGAAUUAAAUCGGAGAAUUCGUGAAAAUGGAAUAAAUUUAACCUGUCAUGUAUCUACCUCUUUCAAAACAUUUCCCGUCUGCCUGAUCACUGCCACAAAACCUAGCGUACUUCGUUUUCUUUCCGUAUUUCUCUCAUUUAUUUAGUGACUCAGACCACUUUUUCAGGGAUCCUUGAGUCCCUCUCACAUUCUUCCCAGUUGCAACGCUUGUUGCUUACUAUAUCCCGAUACAAAAACGCGAAAAAAACAAUGUUUUGACUCAACAAAAGGUAAACGCGCAUACAAAGCCUUUGAGUGAGAAGCAAAGUUUGCCUGAGUCAUGAGGGGGGUCUUUUCAGACAUGGACUAUUUUUAGAAUCUGUGCGCAGCGCUAUUGAAAACAGCGCAGCAAUCGUUCACGGCUUCAGCAAGCCGCGGACAACGUUUGAGUGCAUCUAUACAAACACUUUCACCUCCAAGGUAAGCCGCAGCUAGGAUAAGCCCAGCCCAAAACUCCUCGGCCAGGAUAAGCCGCGGCAAGACCUAGACGUGGGUUGAAUAAGCGGGUGUUUACACGAGAAAACUCGCACCGGCGCGAGUUUCAUACCAAGAUGACUUUUUAAUUUCGUAUCGCGUUUACAUGAUGACUGCGUCAUUUCCGUAUCUCGCUAUUUGAAGGUACACUUCAUGUUGAUAAAAUACACGUGUGAUUCAAAAUCGCAAACAUUUCGCGUGCGCUAACCGUUCCAGUCUAUCGGCACACCGAAACGUGUGGUCGUUUCGCGUAUACAUCAGGGGCACCCAACGGCAAUUUUCUGGAAAAUAUCUGUUCGGAAGACGAUUUGAGAACUAGAAUUUUCGGAACAUUUGUUGUAAAAUUUCUUGCUUGCCUGCCUCUCCUAGGAUUUUCGAACAUCUACAAAAUGGUAUAAUUACCCAGUUUAAACAGAUAUUUACCCUAAAAAAGUAAGGCCACCUAGAAUUUUCGGGAGCCUUUUCCUGGUUGAAAUUUUCGAAAAGGUAAGUUUUGAUCCCUAUAACUUUCGGAUCACUAGACUUUCAGCUAGGAAAUCCGAACAGAUGAAAAGUUUUUAGGGGAUAAAAAUAUGCCUAUAUCUAACGUUUAAAUACUAAAAUACGUUCAACAAUGCUAUGUUAAGUGCUUUUGAACUAUAUCCUCGUUGGGUGCCCCUGAUACAUGAUACCGUUGCGAGAUUUCGUACCGGAGAGAGAUUCUCGCCCCGGUACAACAACCGAGGUGAAAUCACGCUGGGGUGACUCGCGCCGGCAUGACAUUUUGUGGUGGUAUCAUGUAACUAAAUGUAGAGCCAUGAGAAGGAACGGGAGUGAACUCGAUCCGGCGCGAAAGUCGCCCCGGUGUCAUGUAAACACCCCAUAAGCCGUGAACGUAAAUUUUGUACCAUUUAUUACUGGGUGUUGGCGUCUUAUGUUGCCCGCGGCCAGAGAAAGCUGCAGCUUAUUUUAACGCAUAUAAACGUCCUUAUUGUGAACUGUACCUUAUCCUGCAGGAUUCCUUUCAACUAUCUACUUGUAAACCUAGCAGCAGCGGAUAUCUCUUACGUGACAUUUGCGGUACCCAAUAUAAUUUUAAUCCACCAUUUUUACCAUCCUGAGGGCCUUGCUGGCACAUUAUUAUGUACAACGCUGACAGGAACGAACUUAGCAUGGGUUGGUGGCCGUGCCUCCAUGAUCACUCUGCUUGUCAUCGCCAUUGAAAGGUACUUUGCAGUGGUUCACCCCCAUGGAAACAAAGGAAAACUUACAAAUCGCAAACUCAAGGUUUGUGAUAUUCAAAUAUAUCAUUAUGAUUGUCAUAAUUCUGCACUGUUCUGAACCUUUUCGCAGCGAUAAAUGAUCUUGAAGCAUGGUUUGAACUAUGUUUUAGCCUUGUGGUAUACUUGAUGUACUCCGCAAGUCAGGGUAUACGAGGAACUUUUAGUUACAAUAAGGAGCCAUUCAUAUAGUAAAUCAAAAACUACCAGCAAUAAAUGCUAUUCCAAGAUUAAGUAGAUACGUCCGAACCCGUUCUAGUCCGGGAAAAGAUCACCGGUGGGGUUGAUUCUCAUCAGCGCCCACCACCCGUAGCGACCACUAUUAAAAUCACUGGAGCAUUUUGUGUUCUCUAUUGCGGGAGGUUCGAAUGGAGGCUCACACUCGGAAAACAAGUGUGACGAGGGAAAACAUGAUUGACUAGUCGGGAAGUUCAGGCUUAAACAACUUCAAAGGCCUGCGCGAUUUGGACAGAGUCCCCUUUUCUCCACAAGAAAACAAGGAAGGCUCUGCUUGCAGGUUGAGAAAAGGAGUCGAUCCAUAGGCAACACCCUGGGGUUCUUACAACUUUUUAUUCGAGUAGGCUCCGCCCCGAGCUCCGAUUAAUUACUUAGCUCCUCUAAUAUCCUUCAAACUGAAGAAAAGAUUAUUCCUUCCGUUUAAAUUCCAUUGAAAAAUAGCACUCCUUUCGCAUACAGUAAACAAGAACCGAUGGCAUCACUUUUCUAAAGUCCAUGAGCAAUAUCUCACAGGAGAAAGCGAACCCAAGCAUCACCUUCUUAGCUCCAGUUGCAUGUCACUAGAAUUAAAGUAUUAAUUAAGAGAUCAGACCUGAAAAAAAAAAAUACAAAAAAGUGGUUAUAACCGGGCUACGUAACAUGUCCGCAAGUGGCGACCAGAGACCUGUUCCAUUAAUUUUACGAAGAAAUAUUACACAACACAUGCACUGACACGGCUUCAUUCGCCCUGGUAAGACAUCGCGAUCUACUUAACAAUUAUUCCACGAGUGCGCGUUGGAUAUAAAAUGAUAGAUAGCCGAAGAGGCGCGUAGCGCCGAGUUGGCUAUAAUCAUCUCAUAUCCAACAAGCGCGAGUGGAAUCAUUGUUUUAUUAAAAACGCGCACAAAAUAUCGAGAAUUCUUCCCGUCUUUAUUUGUGAAAACAACCGAUUUUCAGAUUGUUUUUAAUUUUUAGCAGACGUGUACAGUUACCAUAUUUCGAGAGCAUGGUAUAAUGGCUCAUAUACCAUGAUGGCUAAGCCAAUCAGAGCUCUAGAAUUGCAUCAUCCAAUGAUUCAGUUUUUAAUAAAAGUGACUACCUACACCAUGAAACAAAACCUUGCUACAAAAUUAUCACACUGUAACGGCUAAUCAGACCUAACCAUUGUACAAACUUGUUUUUAUUAUUCCCGGUAUUUGGAUCAUCGCUUUUAUUUAUAG